UAUCCGAUCACUGGGAAAUAUGCUGGUCCAUUAGAUGAAGUGAAUCGUCAGCGAGAUAUCGAGCAACUCCCUUUCCAUGCUCCAACUCCUUCGCCAUAUAAACCCGCGUCAGGCACGACUUCAGAGCGCAAGCAGCACCACGCAUACGUCUUUGAAAGACGGCGACACGGUGGGGACGAAGAGGUUGUUGAGAAGGAUCGAGUUCGACCUGAAUCAUAUGGAGUUGAUUCUACAUUAUACGAGGGCGCACUUGAAUCUACUUCUCGCCAUUCUGAAUUGCCUUCCGCGCCGUUGCGGGAUCAUGCGCAAGUAUACCAUAGUGGGCAGUCUUGGGAUGUAACUAAAACUGGGAAGACUCCUACCGCUGUCAGAACAGAAGUCGAUCAAAAUGCGGAUAAUAAGGCAGCUCUGCAUCUGAGAGGUGUUCCUGUGAAAGAAGAGCUACCUUCUGCACCUGCAUUGGAUGCAGAAAAAGAGCGAGGCUUUUCAGGAUUGACACCGAGCACUUCUGGAGGGAAAACUGAUUCUUUGGAGCAGGAUGAAAGCCGAAAUGCUUCUAGACCAUUCGCAUUCUGGAAGUCUAGGAAUCAACGUGAAGGACCUUAUGAAAGUCCUGAACAUCUGAGAGCAACUAAGAGCGAGGAAGCUCAAGAAAGUAUUGAUCGUGAUGGUGGCACUUCGAAAGUUCCCUUGAACACUUCUUCUCAAGUCAGCGAUAGAAAAAUUCUUGCUGGUUCAUCCGGAUCCACCAAUUCACGCACGUAUCUCUUCAGAAGAUGGCGUCGUGGUGAUAACGAUGAAGUCGUUGAACAUUAUGAAAUCGGUCCUGCAACAUCAACGUCUUCUACAUCGUAUGAGGGCUUCUCUGAACUUGCUAGUGUUCCAUCCAAAUAUUCUGCAAACUUGAAAGAUGAUAUUCACGCGACUCUCCGCGGACAGGUUGUAAACACGGUUUCAAAUGCUGCCAGCUUCAACAAAGAUGAUGUUAUCACUCAGGAGCGUUCAGAGGACCGAAAACAUCCUUCAUGGGCUCGCUCCUGGGACGUACAAAGGUGCACUAUUCAUAAAGAAGCUGUAACGUCGUACCUCCAUGAGGAUUCUUCUCGUCAUGACUUGAGUACGGAUUCUGAACAUGCUAUACCUGUUGCAUGUAGUCAUACAGGGCGUCUGGAAGGAAGAACAGUACAGGGAGAUGAAUGGGUAGAAGUUCGUGUUGAUCGACGUGCCGAGGUUCAACUUGAGCCUGUGCUUUGCUUGACAGGGGCGGGGUUGCGCGAUCUCUCUGAGGACGAAGCUGGGAUGAUCUUCUCUGUUACACCACCAAUGCCGUCAUCUGAUCGUUCGUUCUUCAGCCGACUCGGUUUCAAGAGCUCAGCACAGAAACCAAAGAAACAGAAGAAGGGUAAAAAGGAAACGGACUCGAGCGACUUUUCCAGUAGCUCGGAAGAUGAGAAAAAUCAGAUUCAAGUUAUACCAGUCGAGAGUGGAGGCGUCACUUUGCCGCACUACGUGGAUCCAGAUGAAAAAGAUGGACGAGUUGUGCGACGAGAAACGAACGAACUCAAGUAUCGUCUGAAAGGGGAAGGGAUAUCGCCGAAUUUCGAUCCGCAGAACCCGUCGUUGGCAUCGACGAUGGCCAAAGCGGAACGCCUGAAUCUGCGUAGUCCGCGGCUGGAGCAUGCGGAGCGCACUGUAACUGUGCGCGCAUUGGCGCCAUUGCCACUCUCUUACGAGGAGAGUGGUCAGCCGCAUACGACGAUUUCCACCUGGCAGGAGUCUAGCCGCCUUCCUGAUGAAGUAACGACUGAAUAUGAUGAGAAGGGAAAUAAAAUCACCCGAACACUGAAAACUUCACAGGUAAAGCAUACGGUGCAAAAACAGACUUUCCAGAAUUAUGUCGUUCCAACGGAUGAGCAACCGGGAGUUGUCACUGUGGAACACAUCCGCGAAGAAACUACUCCGUUGAGUGCUGCUGCAGUAGCAACGAACGGUUCCGCUGGCUCGCCUCACGUCGUUGAAACUCAUUCGCGAACUGUUGCAUACGACGCAGGCCAGAAUGAACAUCACAAUGAGGCGCUCGGUGAAUUCGUGUCCUGCAAAACGCUUACGUCAGGCAAUCGAACCGUGGAGACAUAUACCUACAAAACAGAACGCGACGGUAUCAUUGAAACCCACGUCGAGCAUCGUGUAACAAUCCAUUCUGAUGAGCCAAUCGACCACGACGCUGAAUUGAGCCAUGCAAUCAUGGAAGCGACUCAAAUGAAUCCGGACAUGACCGUGGAAAAGAUCGAAGUUCGUCAAGAGUCGACGGCAUAA